GGGUGGGUAGGUGGCUUCCCUCCCCCCUUGCCGGACGCCAGCGCAGCCGGGCAACCGCCUUCUGGGAGGAGGCAAAGGAGGGAGGCGUUGCGGAAGGGAUGCUGCCCGCCCGCGCCUGCCCGUACGCGGGGUAACGCCAGGCAACGUCGGGCGCCGAGGAAAGCACCUCCCGCCCGUGGCAGCACGUUUCGCUCUUCCCUUCCCCGGAGCCUCCUCGCCCCGCCUCCCGGGUAGGUGACGGCGGCGGAAGGACUCCCCGGCAGGCCGGCAGGCCCCGCCCACGCGGCCCCACCUCAUCGGACCCCGCGGCCGGAGAGAGCAAGAGGCGGGCGCUCGGGCCACACAGGACCAAUCGGGAGCCUCUUCGGUUGCGGAGCCAUCCCGCAUUGGUCGGCUGUCGCCGGCGCUUGCGCUGUGAGUCGGAUUGGGACUGGUCCAGCCGCCCAGGCAAGAUGGCGGCGUCUGAGGAGGCGUCGGUGGCUGGAGCGGGAGCGGCGCCGAUGCCGAUGCCGGGCGGGACGAAGAGGGAGCUGGCGGCGCUGGCCGGGCAGGGCUGAGCGCGAGCGCUUCGCAGCCGCCGCCUCCUUCGGCGCUAUCCUCAGCAUCUCCGCCAUGGCGCGGCUCGCCGACUACUUUCUGGUGGUCACUUUUGCUCCAGGCAAGCGCGGGAGCGGAGAUGGCCAGGGGCAGAUACUUCAGCGCUUUCCUGAGAAAGACUGGGAGGAUAACCCUUUCCCUCAGGGCAUUGAACUGUUUUGCCAGCCAAGCGGGUGGCAGCUGUACAGCGAAAGAAAUCCUCCAACCUUCUUCAUUGCUGUCCUGACUGACAUCAACUCGGAGCGGCAUUACUGCGCCUGCUUCACUUUCUGGGAGGCCAUUGAGAGUACCCAGCUUCAGAGCCGUUUGAGGAAGGAGGAGGAGGAGGAGGUGGAGGUGUCAGCACUUACCCAGCCUGCUCAGCAUUUUGCCCCCAAGAGUUUGGUGCUUGUCUCUCGAUUGGACCAUGCUGAGGUUUUCCGGAACUGCCUGGGGCUGAUUUAUACCAUCUAUGUGGACGGACUGAGCACCUCCCUGGAGACUGUCAUUGGGAACCUCCUGACCUGCACCAUCCCCAUCACAGGGGGCGCCCAGAGGACGAUCUCCCUGGGUGCAGGUGACAGGCAGGUGAUCCAGACGCCGGUCAGUGAUUCCCUUCCCAUCAGCAACUGCAGUGUGGCUCUUCUCUUCCGGCAGCUCGGGAUCACCAAUGUGCUCUGUCUCUUUUGUGCAGCCCUCACAGAGCACAAGAUCCUCUUUCUUUCCUGCAGCUACCAGAGGCUGACAGAUGCCUGCCGGGCCCUGCUUGCCCUCAUGUUCCCCCUGAAGUACAGCUUCACAUAUGUGCCCAUCCUGCCAGCUCAGCUCUUGGAGGUCCUCACCACGCCUACACCUUUCAUCAUUGGUGUUAGUUCCACCUUCCAGGCAGAGACACAGGAGUUGCUGGAUGUGAUCAUAGCUGACCUGGAUGGCGGAACGGUAACUGUCCCAGAAUGCAUUCAUAUCUCUCUGCUGCCUGAGCCUCUUCUCCAUCAGACACGUGAAGCCCUGUCUAUGGUUUUGGACCCAGAGCUGGAGAUUGCAGACCUGGCCUUCCCCCGGUCACCCACCAUUUCUGCUUCCUCCCUCAAGAUGCAGGACAAGGAGAUCCGGGCUGUCUUCCUCCGCUUAUUUGCCCAGUUGCUCCAAGGCUACCGCUGGUGCUUGCACAUCAUCCGCAUUCAUCCUGAGCCGGUCAUUCGUUUUCACAAGGCAGCCUUCCUUGGGCAGAGGGGGCUGGUGGAAGAUGAGUUCCUGCCAAAGGUGUUGGAGGGCAUGGCCUUUGCCGGAUUUGUGACAGAAAGGGGCCCCCCCUACCGGGACAUUGACUUAUUUGAUGAGCUGGUGGCCAAUCAAGCAAAGCGGAUGCAGGCUGAUGAAGGGAGCCCGGCCAGGGUUCUGCGCCACAUCAAGGAACUAGCAGAGCAGCUAUACAAAAAUGAGAACCCGUACCCUGCUGUGACGAUGCACAAGGUGCAGAAGCCCAUGGAAGGCUGCCACCUGCGCCUGCACCAGAGGCCUUUCCCCCGUCUGGAUGAGGGGACCAUCCAGUGGAUCAUUGACCAGGCAAUGGCCAAACUGCAGACAGCUCCCCCGUUAGUCAAAGCAGAGAAGAAGUGCAUGGUGCCUUCUGGACCCCCCCUGGGUGCUAUCAUGGAGCACAAUGGCAUUGUCUUGGCCAACAGUGCCCGCCGGCUGGAGGUUGUCAGGAACUGCAUCUCCUAUGUCUUUGAGGGCAAGAUGCUUGAGGCCAAAAAGCUACUCCCUGCUGUCCUGCGAGCCAUGAAGAGCCGGGCUGCUCGGCACUGCCUGACCCAGGAGCUGAAUCUUCAUGUACAGCAGAACAGAGCUGUGUUGGACCACCAGCAGUUUGAUUUCAUUGUCCGGAUGAUGAACUGCUGUUUGCAGGACUGCAGCACUACAGAUGAGCAUGGUGUUGCGGCUGCACUUCUGCCAUUAGUCACAGCAUUCUGCCGCAAACUCAGCCCUGGGAUCACCCAGUUUGCCUACAGCUGCGUUCAGGAGCAGCUGGUGUGGACCAACAUCCAGUUCUGGGAGGCGAUGUUCUACUGCGAUGUGCAGAACCAUAUUCGGGCUCUGUACCUGGAGGGCAAUGAGGAGGAGAACCAUGUGGAGAAGGUGGGUGAGGAAGGCCCACAAGAGGAGAAGUCAGCGCUAGAGAUUGCUGCAGAGCAGUGUCGCCUGUGGCCCACCAUGAGCCGCGAGAAGCAGCAGGAGUUGAUCCAGAAGGAGGAGAGCACAGUAUUUAGCCAAGCCAUCCAUUAUGCCAACCGCAUGAGCUACCUGCUCCUGCCCCUGGACACAAGCAAGAACCGGCUCCUGCGUGGCUCAGGCCUUGGAGAUGCUGAGAGUGUCAGCAAUAGCUUCAUCACCAGCAGCAUUGCUGGCAGUGUGGCUGACAGCUAUGAUACUGAAAGUGGCUUUGAGGAUGCGGAAAGCUCUGAUGUGGCCAACUAUGUGGUACGGUUCAUCAACCGCUUUGUGGACAAGGUCUGCACAGAGAGUGGUGUCACCAAUGAACACCUGAAGGGCUUGCAUGUCAUGAUUCCUGACAUUGUCCAGAUGCACAUUGAGACCCUGGAUGCCGUGCAUAGGGAAAGCAAGAGGCUCCCUCCGAUACAGAAGCCCAAGCUGCUGCGGCCCAACCUGCUGAUGGGUGAAGAAAGCAUGAUGGAUGGCUUGCGUGUGUACCUCAUGCCUGAUGGCAGAGAAGAAGCUGCUGGUGGUAAUAUUGGGGGGCCCCCUCUGCUUCCUGCUGAAGGGGCCAUUUUCCUCACCACCUACCGCAUCAUCUUCAAGGGCACCCCAACAGACCCAUUAGUUGGGGAGCAAGUGGUGGUCCGCUCCUUCCCUAUCGCUUCCCUGACCAAAGAGGAGAAGAUUGCUGUCCAGGCGCAAGUGGAUCAGUUCAUCCAGGAGGGGUGCACCCAGCUCCAGCUUCGCUCCUGCACAUUCCAGUUGCUGCGCAUCGCCUUUGAUGAGGAGGUGGCCUCUGAGAGUGCAGAGACCUUCCGGAAACAUCUCAACAAGCUGCGCUAUCCCCUGCAGGUGUCCGACACCUUUGCUUUCACAGCGGGCCAGUUGAGCAAGCCAGCUCUGCCACCCAAAGUCAAGGAGAAGAACCCAUCGCUCAGGACCAUCUCCAGGAACCUGGUGAAAAAUGCAAAGAAGACAAUUGGUCGCCAGUAUGUGACACGCAAGAAGUACACGCCCCCUCCCUGGGAGCAUCGUAGCAACCAGCAGCAUUUCCUGGAGGACAAUGAGGAUGAGAUCUCAGUGUCUGAAGAAGUGGACAGAAGCACCUUAACCCCAUCCACCACCAUCAGGCCCUCAGACAAGAUGACCAUGAGCCACCUGGUAGAGCGGGCCUGUUGCCGGGACUACCAGCGCCUGGGGCUGGGCACGUUGAGCAACAGUCUAACCCGCUCCAAGAACGAGCCCUUCCGCAUCUCCACUGUCAACCGGAUGUAUGCCAUCUGUCGGAGUUACCCUGGGCUGCUCAUUGUCCCGCAGAGUAUCCAAGACAACACCAUCCAGCGGAUCUCACGCUGCUACCGCCAGAACCGCUUCCCGGUUGUGUGCUGGAGGAAUUCGCGCACCAAGGCAGUCCUCUUGCGCUCUGGCGGGCUGCACGGCAAGGGCGUGGUGGGCCUCUUCAAGUCUCAGAAUGCUCCUGCCACAGGCCCCUCUCAAGCAGAUUCCACCAACCUGGAGCAAGAAAAGUACCUGCAGGCAGUCAUCAACUCCAUGCCCCACUAUGCUGAUACCGGUGGCCGGAACACCCUCAGCGGCUUCACCUCUGCCCAUAUGAGCAGCUCAGAUUCUUCUGAGAAGCGGCAACCCAAGCUGGGAUCUCUUAUGAAGCAGGUGAUGGGAGGGAAAGACGGAGGGCCCGGGACGGUUAGCCACGGAGCCCUAGGUCACAGAGGUAGGGUAAUUGCCCUCUCCAGCCCCAAGAGCGUGGCAGCAAAGGGACAUCACUCCCCCCGAGGCAAAUGGGGCAGCAUCCGAGCCAGCGGACGCAUGAGCAGCUAUGCUCUCAACAUGGAGGUCGGCUCCCGCUUGGCUGGGAAGGAGCUGUUGAGUACGCAAGCCAACGGGUCCCCCUCUGAGGCCAGCAUUCUGCGGCAACACCGAGCCUCCCUCUACAUCAUCGGAGACAAAUCCCAGCUCAGGGGAGUGAAGCCAGAUCCUUUGCAGCACUGGGAGGUAGUGCCCAUCGAGGUGUUUGAUGCACGGCAGGUCAAGACCAGUUUCAAGAAGCUGAUGAAGGCCUGUGUGCCUGGCAACCCCUCUGCAGAGCCUGGCUUGACGUUCCUGCGCUCCCUGGAGGAGUCUGAAUGGCUGAUCCAGGUUCAUAAGAUCCUGCAGAUCUCUGUGCUGGUGGUGGAGCUGCUGGACACGGGCUCCUCUGUGCUAGUCAGCCUGGAGGAUGGGUGGGACAUCACCACCCAGGUGGUAUCUCUCGUGCAGCUUUUGUCAGACCCCUACUACCGCACCAUGGAGGGCUUCCGGCUCCUAGUGGAGAAGGAGUGGCUGUCCUUUGGGCAUCGCUUCAGCCACCGAGGGGCACAGACCUUGGCCAGCCAGAGCAGUGGCUUCACACCUAUAUUCUUGCAGUUCCUGGACUGUGUUCAUCAGAUCCAUUUGCAGUUCCCGAUGGAGUUUGAGUUCAGCCAGUACUACCUGAAGUUCCUCAGCUACCACUAUGUCUCCAAUCGCUUCCGCACUUUCCUGCUGGACUCUGACUAUGAGCGACUGGAGCUGGGUCUCCUGUAUGAAGAAAAAGGUGAGCGGAAGGGCCCCCAGCUGUUCAGGUCCAUUUGGGACUACAUGGACCGGCUGAACAAGAAAAUGCCAGCCUUCUUCAACUACAUGUAUGCCCCAGAGGAUGGCGAGGUCUUGCGUCCAUACAGCAACAUCUCCAACCUGAAGGUGUGGGACUACUACACACAGGAAACCCUGUCUGAAGGCCCCUCCUAUGACUGGGAGCUGGUGCAGGGCCAAGUGGACCCUACAGAGGAGGUCAGCCAGCAGGACACCAGCACCCCUCAGAGCCAGCGCAAGAUCGUCUGGCCCUGCUAUGACAACUGCAGCCGCACAGAGCCAGAUGCAAUUUCUCGGCUGCUGGAGGAGGUGCAAAACCUGGAGCUGGAGCUGGGGCAGGUUCCUGAGCGCUGGAAGGACAUGUGGGACAAAGUGAAAGCCUUUCAGCGAUCGGAGGCCCAGACGGACACUGGUGGCAGGGUGGCAGCUGGCUCCCUACUGAUGGCAUCCAGCCUCUCGCACCAGCGGCGCUCGCUUGGUGUCUACCUGCAGGAAAGCGGAGGUGUCAGCUCCACAAUCAACCUCAGCCUGGACAGCGACACCAGCAGCACAUCUACUCCAUCCAGUGGGAAGCAAGGAGGUCGCAAAAGCACCAGCACUCUCUACAGCCAGUUCCAGUCAGCAGAAAGCGAGAAUCGAUCAUAUGAGGGCUCCCUUUACAAGAAAGGAGCAUUCAUGAAGCCUUGGAAGCCCCGUUGGUUUGUGCUGGAUAAGACCAAGCACCAGCUGCGGUAUUAUGACAGCCGCCUGGACGUGGAGUGCAAAGGAGUCAUCGACCUGGCUGAGGUGGAGUCGAUUACUCCAGGCACCCCCACGAUGGGAGCGCCCAAGAUGGUAGAUGAAAAAGCCUUCUUUGAUGUGAAGACAACAAAGCGUGUUUACAAUUUCUGCGCCCAGGAUGUGCAAUUGGCUCAGCAAUGGAUUGACCGCAUCCAGAGCUGCUUAUCCGAUGCCUGAGGUUGCCCCUAAAGCUGCUCUUCUGGGCCUCAGGGAGUGAAGCAGAAGUUAUGCCUGGACUGGGUCAGGACAGAACUGAAGAAGGAGAUGUGGGAUGUGGGGGAGUCUCCCCUCAGUGAUCUCAGCCUGGCUUCCCAGGAUGUUCUGCAAACCUUGCUUGGCGGAGAAGGUCAGGAUCUGUCUGUUACGUCUUGCUAAGAAGAGAGGCAGUGGCAGGUCAGGUUUGGGGUAGCAAAGUGGUCAGCAGCGCCCCCAGGUGGAUGGCUUUGGCAUUGGCAUAGCUGUAAGACCUUCUUGUCACCUCCACAGCCACACCUGCUGACCUGGAGUGCCCUCUGCCAGGAAAGGCAGCAACGGAGGACUGGCCAGCUUGCUGGAAUAGGGGAGGGUAUGGCGCAGGCGGUGGCACAAACAGUGUUUGGCCCUGAAGUGCUCCCGUCUAGUGGAUGGUGUUGGGGAGAGGAGGAGUGUGGGUUCUGGCACUCCUUGCCUCCCCCUCCCAUCUUCCCAGAUGUUGGCAUCUGCUGCUGCUGAAGGUGGGGUUCUAUGGGCUGUGGGAAUAGGCUCUGUCCUGGGUGAGAGGCUCAAAAUGGGGGAGGGAGGAAGAGGAGCCUGCCAGGCUCCCAGCACCUCUUGAUCAGUUCCCAGCUUUUUGGUCCUUCCUGCAAGAUGACUGUGUAUCUGGGCACUGUCCAGUGGGUGCAGCUCAUGAUCCUCUAAUUGCCCCCUCCCCAAAUUUUGUGUCAUAUACCGACAUCCCGAAGCAAAUCAUGUGAUCUGCUUUCCUCGCAGACCAGACAGCGGCCAUCUUCCGCUGGAGCUCAAGUUUGGUCGGACAGCAUUCCCCCUCCCCCUUACAUUUUUAAAGGCAAAAAGUGUGUUCUUUCAAGCCCUAAGAUGUUGUACAUAGUCUGGAACCCAACUGCCCCCUUUUUUUAUUUGUACACUAAAGGCUGUGGCUGGUGUGGAGGGUUUUGUAACUUCCUUGAGCAGUUGUAGAUUACUGAAGUUUCUGUACAUUGUGUCAAAUCUACAGAGUCCUUGUGCCUAGAGGAAAAAUAUAUGAGAAAAAAACUAAUGGAAUUUAAUAAUAAAAAAAGAAAUACACAA